AUGUUCGGGCAAGUAGUUAUUGGACCUCCAGGAUCAGGAAAGUCUACAUAUUGCUAUGGAAUGCACCAAUUCAUGUCUGCAAUAGGGAGAAAACUGUGUAUAAUCAAUCUUGAUCCCGCUAAUGACCGCUUACCAUAUCCAGAUUGUGCAUUGGAUAUACGUGACUUUAUAACUUUGGAAGAAGUCAUGGAGGAAUUAAAAUUAGGCCCAAAUGGAGGUCUUAUGUACGCAUUAGAAAGUUUGGAUGAAACAGGAAUAGACCACUUUAUCGACAUGAUAACUGAGUUGGUUGAAGAUCAGAACUACUUAAUUUUUGAUAGUCCAGGACAAGUAGAAUUAUUCACCCAUCACAAUUCGAUCUAUAAGAUAUUUAAGAGGUUAACAAAUACAAAAAGGCUUCGGUUAUGUGUGGUGUUGCUUGUUGAUUCCUUAUACCUUACCAGUCCUUCACAAUACAUUUCAAUUUUACUACUAACUUUAAGAUCUAUGUUGCAACUAGAUUUUCCUCAAGUGAAUGUGAUAUCAAAGAUAGACAUGUUGAAAAAUUACGGGGAAUUGCCGUUUAGACUCGACUACUAUGCUGAAGCUCAAGAUUUGGAACAACUAACUCCUUACUUGGAGAAAGAGUCUAAUUCAGUUCUAGGUAGAAACUAUGUUAGAUUAACUAAAAUGAUUGGAGAGUUGGUAGAAGAUUUCAACCUUGUGUCAUUUGAAGUUUUGUCCGUGGAGAAUAAGCAAAGUAUGAUAAAUUUACUCAGCGUAAUAGAUAAAGCAAAUGGCUACAGCUUUGGAAGUGAGAUUGGAGGAGACUCUAUCUGGAGCGAAGCUACGAGGCAAGGUGGGGCUUCAGGAUAUGCGGCGGUAGAUAUCCAUGAACGUUGGAUUGAAUAUAAAGAUCAAUAUGACCAAGAAGAAAGAAAGUCAGAAGAAAGACUUGAACAAAGUGAUAAUGAAGGUGAUGCUACACAGCCUUCUAUGACAGAGGAUGAAGAAUGGGAACUUGCCGUUCAUGAAUGGGAGAAGAAUAGAGGAGCAAGUGGUCCUCUUUCUAGAUGA